AUGUCUGAAGAUAUGCAGCGUACGGCGGCCGCGGCGCUCCGCACCAUCACCCACGCACGAAUUGCUUGCACCAACACGAUUCACGAACUGGAAGUCAUAGACAACCUGACCGAUGAUUGGAAUCUCGACAACGCUCAACUCGCGACAGAUUCGCUGGAGAUUCACCUGCAAGCCGAGUUCUCAGCCAAAGAGGCUUCCACUAUUCUCGAAAACCUCACCGCAAUAAUGACCACCGGCAGAAUGGCUGUGCUACAGGAGUGGCUAUGUAUGGAACUGGAAGUCAGGCGUGAGAAUGCUGUGGCGGCCGCACAGGCCAUCAUUCGUGUCCUUAUCAACCUCGAGAAAGCGGUCGACAACGAUGAGCUGGGUCUCGUGGAGAUGAAGCGGCGAGCGGAGUUCAUUGUGGGAAAGCUGGAGAAAUUGGAAGACAUUUUGGCCAAGCUUGCGGUAGACUGGAGGGUAGCUGUUGAGGCUAGUGCGAUCCCUCGCAAGACUGAGGAGGAUGUUCUCAGCCCUCGCGCCGCUCCCGGCAUGUGA